GAAGCACCGACAUGUAUGCCGGCUUCGGAAAGAUAUCGCACCCAUGACGGAACCUGUAACAAUAAACGGCGACCACGUUGGGGUGCGGCCCAAAUGCCCUUCAGUCGUUUUCUUCCUCCCGAAUAUGGUGAUGGUGUUGAUUCUGUGCGUAAGUCAGUUAAUGGCGGAGCAUUGUCUUCAUCGCGGUUUGUCAGUCUUCUGGUACACGGUGCCCGUGAUGGUGAGGCUCCAUUGACGUUAAUGUUGGCUCAGUGGGGUCAAUUGCUGGAUCAUGAUUUAACUUCAACGGCCCAGCCAAGGUCCAUCAAUGGCUCGGUACCAAGUUGCUGUGGCAGCAAGGACUUCCAUCCCUCGUGUUUCCCCAUAAAAGUCCCGCUAGAUGAUCCCUGGCUGUCGUCCCUCAAAGUGCGAUGCUUGGAAUUUUUACGUUCUGCCCCGGCUCAACGCAGAGAUUGUGUUCUCUCAUGGCGUGAACAAACCAAUCAGGCCACCUCCUACAUUGAUGCCUCACCCAUCUAUUCCAACAGUGUCAAGUCCUCGGAUAAUGCCAGGGUGUUCCGUAAUGGUUUGCUGAUUUUUGGUCGUGGCAACCCGAAUGAUGAUGUCUGCCAGAGGGGAGCAAUUGCCACGACAUGUAUAAGGGCUGGUGAUGGUCGCAGUGGUGAACAACCGGGUCUGUUGGCCCUGCAUCAUGUCUGGGUGGGAGAACACAAUCACAUUGCCUUGCGUCUGAGUGAAAUGAAUUUACAUUGGAGUGAUGAGAAAAUCUAUCAGGAGACCAGGCGUAUAAUUGGCGCAAUGUUCCAGCACAUAACCUAUAGGGAAUUUUUACCCAUUAUUUUGGGUAGAGAGGUGGUGAAGCUGUUCGAUUUGGAACUUUUAAAUGCGGGUUAUUAUGAGGGUUAUGACCACAAGACAAAUCCUGGGGUGGCCAAUGCCUUUGCUGCGGCAGCAUUUCGUUUUGGCCACUCUUUGGUCCAAAACUCCUAUAUGCGUUGCGAUCGUUUCCACAAUGUUUUGAGUAACAAUGUAAGUUUGCAUGAGGAAUUUCAGAGAGGUGACAUUGGUUCUGUGGGCUCCUUGCAUCGCCUGAUUCGUGGCAUGGCCAAUCAGAGAGCCUUGCAGCGGGAUGAGUUUAUUACCCCUGAGCUAACCAAUCAUUUGUUCCAGACGCCAGGCUUCCCCUUCGGCCUGGACCUAGCCGCCAUUAACAUCCAACGUGGCCGUGAUCAUGGCAUUCCACCCUACACCCAUUGGCGGGUGCCCUGUGGCCUUUCGCCAAUCAACACCUGGGAGGAAUUCGCCAAUGUUGUGGGCCCCGAAUCAGCCAGACGUAUUAGCCAUGCCUAUCAAAAUGUCCAUGACAUUGAUCUCUUUGUGGGAGGCAUUGCCGAACGCCCAGUUGUGGGAGGCCUGGUGGGUCCAACAUUUGCCUGUAUCAUUGCCCAGCAGUUUAGUAACUCUCGUAAGGGGGAUCGCUUUUGGUAUGAAAAUGGUGGCUUUGAAAGUUCUUUCACCCCAGCCCAGCUGCAUUCCAUACGGCGGGUUACUUUGGCCUCGGUACUUUGCCGUACGGUGGGUGGAGGUACAUUCCAGCCACACAUCUUCCUGCCGCCCAAUAUGCCACAAAAUGAACGUUUACCCUGUGGAGUGGGCCCCUUGGCUGAAUUCGAUUUGGAGCCAUGGCUGGAACAGGAUCCGUUUGCAGCUCGUCCAAAACCAAUACAGUUACCAACACCCGCACCCAUACAAAUUAAGACACCUCCCCCGCCUCCACCAAGACCACAACCUCCACCCAAACUCCCCUUGCAGUUACCACAACCCCCACUGCCGCCACCGGCACAUCCCCCUGCCAUGCCACCCUCGGUAUCACCCAUGCCCACAACCUUCCAACCCCCAGUACUGGAUCGUAUUUUCGAAAUUGUACAGGGUGAGCUACAAAGUAAUGUCCCAAUACCAGAGGAGUUCUUGGCCAACAACAAAGUGGGUUUCCUCAAUCACCCUUCAGCUGUUACCCGUCAUCCUGCCUUUGUGUCACCCACCAGUUCCGGCAGUACCCUGGCUCAACGCUUUAGAAAUACCACCAAAAUUAACGAUAAAUUGGAUUUGAAACGCAAGGGCGUUCAGGCAGGACAUGUUACCAAACAAAAGCCCAUACCGGGGGUCAACAACAAAUUGGAUAAGCACACACGCAAAGGAUCACAUCGUCAUGGUUCGGUACACACCACCACAACGCGCAGGACCAUUGUGGUAAACAAUAUUCCCAUAGAGCUGCGUCAGGCACCGGAGGAGGAGGCUCUGAAUGUUACAAACAGGCGUGAUAAUGACAAAUUGGAAUCUCGUAUCGAAGAAGUGACCUCAGAUGAUGCGGAGUCCGGGGAGGAUAACAAUGUGGAAGAAGAAGAAGAGGAAUUGGAAUCUCGCACAGAGGGUACAACUCCAACAUCGAAUCAAUUAGCCAACGAUAAGUUGGAAUCUCGUUCUGAAGAGUUAACUUCGGAGCAUCGUUUGGAAGAGAGCGAAGAGAGACAAGAGGAGAGAGAGGAUAAUAUGCCUUCAGCAACAGAGAAAAUAGGGGAAGAUGAUCCUGGAAAUUUUGAAUCGCGUACCGGUGAUAUGUCUCUACCGCAUGGAAACUCGAAACCUGAUAAUUCGGAACAGGUGGCUCAUGGCAAGGAUUCUCCAAAGGGUUCAAAUCCCGAGGAUAAUUCGAAUGGCAUUGAAAAGCCCAAUCUUAAUCAAAAUACCAAUAAAGAGGAGGAAGAUUUAAUCCCGGGACCGAAUUUGAAUACAACCUCGGAAAUGGGAUCUGAGACAGGUGAUGGAAUAACAAUAACAAAUACAUCUUCCAUAGAUAAUAAUGACAUUUUAUCAUCCCAUACAGAAGAGCUGACGACCUCAAGUCCGGAAUCGGGCAUUCAACGUAGAUCUGAUGACAUUGAAAUAAUCGAAAGCGAAGAAAAUAAAUUGGAAAAUCCAUUGACGAAUUCCAUAGAAGAAUCAACUGGAAUCAGAACAGAAGAUUCAGGAUCGAAACGAAAUUUUAAAAAUGAUGCAGUACACCAUAACGUCACUGUGGAAAAUCAAGAACGUAAAGAGGAUAGAGUGCGAAACUCAACCCCCAAAAUAAACACUGAGAGGAGGACCACAGGAAUUAACCCUGAAAAAGAUAAUAAAGAUACAAAGAGGGAAGUCCAAGAGGACAAGUCUUCCGAUUCCCAGGGACCACUAAGAGAUGACACUUUCAAGGAAAAUUCCCCAGGAGAUGCGGAAGAUUUUUCUAACACCGGAGAAAAUUUAACUCUUAAAUCCAUUGAUCGCAUGGAUUCCGACAUUUCCCUAAAUUCCAAUGACUCUGACAUAGAUCCAUUGGCAAAUUCCCCCUCCACAGAACAUCGGCGAGUUCAGCGGAAACUAAAUCUGGCCACCACCACUGAAAAAUUAAAGGAUAAACUUAAAUUUGCCACCCUUCAAAGUGUGGUCAAGGCCAAUGCCAGUCAGACCCUAACGAAUAAAACCACCACCACAAAAUUACCCAAACCCUUGCGCACCUCGGAACUUCGACAAUAUCAAAAGCGUCCUGGCUAUUCCAAACCACCACACAAGGUCAUUGUAGGGUCCGGUACUGGGGAUAAUCAAUAUGAGAUUGAAAUCAAUAUUCGGCAGACCAACAAGAGUCCAAGUCCUCUGGAGAGUACCAUUGUCGACUACAGUACAAACUACAAAUCCAAACCCUAUGAUCGCUAUACCAGUAAUUUUGGUGUUUUCCCCAGCACCACACCCUUGUAUGGCUACUAUCAGCCGCCACCGGCCCAGGUGUCUCCCCCGCUGGCCAGUAAUCAAAGGACCAAACCACCCACCAUAAUAUUCCUCAAUGAACACGAUGAACAUGCCUUGGGCUAUACAACCAAGCAACCGGGCUUUGUGCAUAGCAUAGUCAGUUGGAAUUCCGGGGGUUCAAGGCCACUACCACCCAGCGAAAUAGAUCCCAAUGAUAGGCCAGGAUAUGAGGGUGUAUUGUCACGGCCCAUUUUGCCAUCAAACUAUCCAAACAAACGUCCGGCGGCCGCCACAAGUUUCAGCCAAGCCCAAUUGAAUGGCGGAGUGGUUCAGGCCUCCAGCCAGGCCAUAAGCAAUGGACAAUAUGGCAGUAUAACCGGUUUUGCCAGUGCCAAUGGGGCGGAUAGCACCUUCAGCUUUAAUAUUAGACCCAAACCGGAUAAGACACAAAUUAAUCGGCCCACCAUUGAUGGCCUGAACAGCUAUGGUCUUGUUGCAGCCCCUCCAGCUGCCAAGCCAUGGUAUAACGAAAAACCCGAACAAAAUCCCUAUGAAGUUCCACCCCGGGAAUCUAUACCCAGUCCAUUUUCCACCUCCAAUUCCCAAACUUACUACAUAAGGAAAAAGACAAGGCCCCAAUUAAAGGAAGAUUUAUCCUACUAUGGAGAUCCACAACUGGGAGAUUAUGGUUAUCUAAGUCGUACCCGCAAUCCCACUCUAAACAUAAGUGCCUUUGAUGACCCUGACACCGAAAUGGAGGAUGAAAGUGAAUAUGAUUCUGAGGACUAUGGCAGCUCGCCAUUGGUGAGGAAAUUCAACCGAGAUGGUUAUCUAAGGCCGGAACUAAUGUUGGAGAGUUUUAACAAGACCUUGAACACAGAUUUGCCGGCUGAGCCAGCCACCAACAUGACGUUGGAUGACAAUUAUGUACUGCCCGUCAUGAACAGUACCGAAGAUUUACCCACAGAUGAUCCUUUGGAGGAGACGAAUAUUGGUACCACAGCAUUUCCCGAUUCUGAAGGAAAGCAGUUGAAUAAUGACAUAUUUGCCGAUGAUAUGGAGGAGAGCGAAGAGGAGGGAUCGUUUGAUGAUGACGACAUGGAGGGAGACGAGGGAAGCUCUAGUCUCUUGGAAAUACAAAAGCGUUUGAGUCUAUUGAAACAACAUCAGGAGAAAAUUGCAUUUGCCCCGAUUACGGUGUUGACAAAGCCGGAGAGACCUGACAACUGGGUCAUAUACGAAUCGACCAAGGAAGAGGAACCAUUGCCACCGCAAAUACCCGACUUAAAUUUGGAUAGUUCACCCUCAGCUGAAAUACCCAAACCCAUACGGGAAAAUAUUUGGCAUUCACUGGCAAAUGUUAAAAGGAAACGCUUCAGUCAAUUGUUGUCCACGACUCAUAAUUCUUACAACAUAACUGAGACGACUUCAUCAACAAAAAAAAGUUCGGUUUCUGAUACAUCUACGGUUGAAAGUGACGAAAAUGAUACACCGACGCCCAGCACAACAACAACGGAAAUUUUCGAAAACUUAAAUGAAAAUAAUGGCGACAAUAAUUCGGGAGAUAUUUCAACGACUACCGUUGAUGGUUUCGAUGAAAAAAAUUAAAUUAAUUUGACUGUAAUAUUAAGUUUUUUUUAACUCUUAAAUCUGCUAUCAAACGAUAAGUGUUUUACACAUGGUACAAUAACGAGGUAGAACAACUUCGAUAAACUACAGAAAUACAGCCCUGAGGCCAUGGUAGAUGAAUAUAGGUAGACGCAUCGACACAACUGCUGGGACAAUGAACUUUCAAACCAAUUUUGGAAUUGAAAAUGUUGAAUGAAAAAUUAUUUAAAUUUGUAACUAUUAUUGAAAAUCGCGUAUUAUAAUAACCUCCGAAAAAUCUACUUAUAUUUGAAAAAACAUUUCAAUUUUUUGACACAUCAAUGCUCCCAAGAGUUGAUGCAUCUACCUGUAUUCUUCUGCCAUACCUGAGGCUAUGCCCGCUUCUUGUCAUUCUUGUUAAAAAUUAUAUGCAACAAGUUUCCUCACUUAUUUGAUAUUUUCCUUAUUUUUAAAAUGGAUUGAAAAGCGCGAAAAAAAUGAAAUAUCUGAAUUUUCUUUCAAAAAUAUGAUCCAGACUAUUCAAUCUUUCAAUUAUAUGGCCAAACUGCAAUGUACGUUUCUUCCAAUCAUUGAUUUUUGAAAAUAUUUUGUUUUUAUUUUUCAAAACAAUAAAUACAUACAUACACAAAAUUAAUAAAAGUCGGGUACACUUAGUAAAAAAACUAAUCAGCUGGUAGCUCUACUUUACCUUUUUAUUGUACCAUGGUUUUACAUAUGUGUUGUCACUUUCAGUAUCCAUGUGUAUGUCAAAAUUGCCAUUUUCCAUAUGACUCAUAAUUCUUACAUUGUGAUUAUAUUUUAUUUCCCAAAAAAUUAUAAUACUUCAUAUUCACUUUUAAUUUCCAUUUUAAAUAUUUUUUAAUGGCACAGCAACUUAUUUGAUUAAAUUAUAUUUUUCCGAUAAAAAUAGGAAUCGCUGCGAUCGAAAAAGUACAUAUGUACUUUUCUCAUGUAUUUCACAACUGAAAUGUCGCCCAUGUAUCACACGAUGUAUACAACUUCUACAUAUGGAAAAACUGACACUACAUGUGUAAAACCCUUAUCGUCUAAUAGCAGCUUAACGGAGUUAAUGUUUGUGAUCUUCUUUGGUAUUUCUUGCCGUUUUUUGUUGUAUUUAUUAAUUGAUAUAAAAUAUUGUAAUUGUUUUCAACUUCCACUAAAAUAACGAAAAAUCCCUCAAUAUCCUAGUAUUCAAAUUAAAACGCUAUAGAAGGAAGAAUAAAAGCAGAGGAAUGACACUACAUAAACCUGGCUUCCCAUUAUAUUUGAGCUUCCAAUCAUAAUCAAUGAUCCAAUGUUUUAAAGCAUUUUAUAAUUUUUCCAAAUGUGUAAUUUAUAAACCAUGAAAGCAUUUAGUAAAUGAAGAUAACUGUAUUUACAAAUAUCAAUAAUUUUACAUAAGUAUUUCUUAUAUUUACUCAAAUUCGUAUUUAUUUAUUUUAUUUAUUUCCAAAAUUAAGUCUUUGAAUAAAAAACGAUAUAUGUAAUUUCUACUUUUUUUAUUAAAUCUUAUUUUUGAUGUGGCGAUCGUCAUAUUUUGACAGUCCAAAAUGUGAUAAAAAGAAUUAUUGUCCA